AUGUUGGAAUCGCUGCAGGCUUUCGCCGGCCAAGCCUACCAGGAUCACCGCUCCCUCGCCAUCCUCGCCUUCUACCUUACGCUGUGCGCCAGCCUCGCAUUGAAGACAUGCCUUAACAUCUACCGGCGCUACAAGCUUCGAACGAUCCAACCGAGUUGGCGCGGAACCCAUGGUCCUGCAUUUGUCCUAUUCCUCCUCCUUGCGGCCUUCAGCCUCGCGACGACAUGGUACUACAUGUUUGCAUUCUUCCGGUAUUCCUACCAGGACUGGAAAGCCGGACAUGACUUGACACGGCAAGCGUCGAUCGAUCUGGAACCUUGGUUGGUAAAAUUGGAGCUAUGGUUGCGAGAUCGGAAACUAUUUCGAGAAGCAUGGGAGAGUGUCUCUGAGACGCCAGCGAAAUUCUGGUGGAGCGGACAGAUCUUUUUAUGGACGAUCGGAUGGAGUCUGUUUCUGGGGUUCAUGGGUCGCCGAUACAAUAUUUCGAGCGUGUGGGUUUACAUGCUGCUCGGGCAAAUUGUCGCGAUCUCCUUCGCCCAGAACCUGUUCUUCGCCACGGUUCUCGCGUCAGGCCCAGCUUCCAAUCGACCCAGGAGACCUUCGUGGACUCCCCCGGCAGUCCUAGAAUUUGCACCCGUCGUCAUAUCCUUUCUCAGCGCCGCCGUUAUACCCUUUGUCGCGAAUACCCCCUACUUCAUGCCUGUUCUUGCUGUUCCCCAUCUUCUUUUGUUUAUACCGGGCCUUUUAUCUCCUCGUGUCCUCCCACAAAGCUGGGGCGCGUAUAUAUUACGACCUCUGUGCCGAUAUGCCACGGUCUUCAAAUGGCUCAUAGCGGUUGCCGUAGCCAUUCAAGCACAGUCCACCUACAUCGUUAUGAUGGAUGAUCCCCUUCUAUCCGGAGGUUCUGUGGUCGAGUUGGGCCAGAAGUUGCUGGAUACGAUGUUUGAGCAUCCGGCUGUGAGUAGCGUUGGAUGGGACGUGUUAUGCUGUUCAUUAUCGUGGAGUACGUGGCUCUUUUUACAUGGUGGACUAGAGGCAAUGCUUGGGUAA